UAAUUCGCAGGAGGGGGGGGGGGGAAAUCCCAAACAGACCCGACGGUCGUUGAUUUAACCAGUCAUUUCGUAGCCUACUCAGGGCGCGCUGUGAUUGGCCCAGGUUCCAAGCGUUCACCAAUCCGGUCAGUAGUCGUUGAGGACAGGGCGGAUCUAAUCUUGGGGAUUUUCAAACGAGACGGCAGCGAGGAGGGCAUAGUGCAUAGGAGUAAUAGCAGCUGUAGCGAUCAUGGCGAGUGUGACGGUGCAACCGCUGCCGGCCAGCCGGAGACAGCAGCCCAUCCACCGCGAGCAAAGGAGAAAAAAGAUGGAGGAAUAUUUAUCCAGCAAAAUGUCUACUAGGAAACCCAGCGUUCCCGUAAAGCAGAAUGUGAUUAGGUCCCCUUUAAUGGAGAGGUCCAACACAGGUCUUCUAAAGCAAUCUGGGCAAAUCAAUCCCACAGAGCGUAAACCGGUUAAAUCAUUUGACAAGGAAAAUAUUCGAGCAGGUGCAAACAAAGAUGGUAAGAACGUGACUUUAAGCCAGUCUUUCAUAAAAACAAAAACUCUAACGGAGAAGCAGAUGAAAGAUGACAAGAUAAAGCUGGAAUCUGUCAAAGAGAAACCAAAUCAGUCCGCCAAACUUGUUCUUGGAGCUUAUCGUGGGAUAAUUGUUCAAUCUAAGAUCCAUUCCUUCAGGAGCAUCUCUAACAGCGCAGAAGGCAAAAGUCAGAAUGUGGAAAGUAGAAGGACUGUGCAUAAAAGUGUGGAAAACCAACCCAAAGCCUCUACGGUUACUCAGAAGCCUCUGAUGAAACCACCUUCUUCCAGAGAUGUCAAACAGAAGAGGCCACUGGUUCCACCGGUCUCUCAACAAACGAGGGCAUCCACUAGUCAGGUCAAUAAGAGCAAGUCAGAGCUGGUGACUGUGCGGAGACCACUACAGGUAUCUACCCAGAAGAAACCAGUCGGCGUAAAUCUGCAGCACAAGCCACAACCUGUUAAAACUGUGCCAAAAAAUGCACCUGCAAGAAGUGACCCAGAAAAACAGAGUAAAAACACUACAACUGGUCCUGUAAACACCAUGCCACGUCAUCUGAGGACCAUGCCUGCUCAACGUCCGUCCACUAGCAGAUUCUCUAUGGCAACUGAGACGGCAGAAGAACGAAAGGCUCGCCUGGCAGAAUGGAGAGCAUCCAAAGGAAAGGUGAUGAAGCGGCCCCCGUUAGCUGUGCUCGUACCUCCUGCAUGCCGACUGCAGAAAGCAGAGCCUGAGAUUAAAACGGAGCCUGAGGAACCAAAAGAAGAAACCCGCCAGCUGUACUGGGCAACCAUGGCUGAAGAGGAUGAGCAGGAGAUGUUCACUCUGAGAGUCCACCAGAUAUUUGGAGAGUGUCAGAAGUUAAUUGAUGAGGGUUGUCCAAAGGAAGAAGUCCUUUUAAUACUUGAAAAGCAGAUUCAAAAUGUUCCGGAAGCAAGGAAGCUUUCCCGAUAUUGGGAGUGUCUUGCACGUCUGGAGCAGCGGGAUGGGCAUCUGUAUAAAGUUAUCGCAAUAUGCGAGGAGGCUGUGGCUUCGGGCGCACAGCCACUAGAAGAGCUGAGAACCAUUCUUGCAGAUGCCUUGGAGAAGUUGAAGGCAGACACUGAAGAGAAAAUAAAAAAAGAAAGUGAAAAAGAAGACCCUCCAGUUGAGGAGAGCAAAGUUGAAAUCAAGUGUGAGUCCUUAGAAAAUGCUCAGGCUGAGAAGAAGCGGAGGGGAAGGAGAAGGGCUGUGAGACUCGAUGUAAAGAGCCCUCCCGCAACAGAGAGGGCGUCACAGUCACCGCACACACCAGAAAAUGGAGGCGCUGCAUCAUCUGUCAUAAGAUUUAACAUUCGAUCAACCCCACAUCUGGAGAAAAUGAAGAAGCUACAGAUGAAUGAAGGAGAUUCCAGCAUCAAGAGUUACAAAUUUCUAACUCCUGUCAGGCGCUCCUGCCGCCUUGAGCACAAAUCCCACACAUUACCAGACAUGCUGAAAGACCACGAUCCGUGUGUUGCUGGUAUUUCCCAGCUUGAAGAGCUAGAGGACCCAGCAGAGGGCUAUCCGAACGCAUAUAUCUUCCGAAAAAACAAUGCACUCAAAGAAAUUACUGCAAAAAGUGCCACAAAAAAACAAAAACCACGUACACACAAGAUAGACUGACUAACUUUGGGCCUUUUUAUGGCACUUAUCUCAGUUGUUUCAAAUUUACUUUUGGAUAUAUACACAACACUCUAACAACUGUCAUGUCUGUUUAUACUCUAUAUUAUAUAUGUACCGCAGAAAUGUAUUCAAGUCGACCAGUCACUUGUUCACAGUAGAGGCAACCAUUUUGUGGUCUGAACCAAUAUUCAGUCUAUCAAUUGCAGUGUUCACAAAAUGGCUGCCUGCAUUACAGUAUGUGUGCAAGGGUCUGAUACUAAUUCACCUUUUAUGGUUUUUGUUUUUUUUAUUUAAAUGUUUUACCUUAUACCAUACAUUUGAAAUCUCAAGCUAAAGUAUACAUGUUUAUAAUGGAAGUAGACAUUUCAUAAGCUGAAACAGUUUACAUCUUGUCAGUGCUGCCCUUUGCCUCCUGUUCCUAAGUUAGGUGUCUGGUCUUGGUGAAUUGACAAGCUGGUUAUUGUUUUGGCCUGCAAAAAUAUGGCCUCCUCCACAGGAUUCUGGCAGUAGGCACACUUCAUAUGUUGGCCAAAAUACUAAUGUACGCAAGCACUUAUAUCUUGUUAAAGACAAUUGGUACUAUCCAUAUUUUAAAACUAUAUUUCAGGCUGGCUCUAGAUUUUAAAAUGCUGGUGCUCAUUUUUAAGAUUUAAUUUGGGGAGUUCCAAUAGAUUAACUUUCCGGUUGGGUACAAAAUAUUAAUACAGAUAAUAGCUGACUUCUCCAUGCUUAAUCCGCUUUUAAAAUAGGCCAAGUGGUCUGCAGGGACCUGGACUGUAUUGAAAACAUUGGGGCAGCUGUAUUAAGCCUGGCGAAGUGAUAAAGCAGUGGUAAGUGCAAGGUGAUAACGCACCAGCCAAUCAACUCCUGUCCUUUUUUUCAAACCUGUAAUAAUUGGCUGGUGUGUUAUCACCUUCCACUUAUCACUGCUUUAUCACUUCUACAGGCUUAUACAUCUGCCCCACAAUUCUUUAAUUUUCCCUUGACUCAAUGUUGUACAUUAUGAAGCUGGUAGGAUCCUGGGAGCUAUGUUAAAGGGGCAUUAAGCACCAAUUCCAGCAGAACCCAUUUGAUUAGGAAUAAGACAGCUAUGCAGAAGUUUAUAUCCUCCAUCUGCAUAAAUAUUGUAUGCAGCUGGUGACAGGACUAUUUCUUAUGAAUAUAUCUCAGACUGCUUGUUUUUAAUGUGUAUAUAAUAAAAGCAGCUUAGUAUUUUUAAUUAUAUUUGUUUAUAUCCUUCUUUCCAGUACUGUUGGUACACUAAAACAGUGAUUGCAGCUGCAUAAACACCAUUGUCUUCAAAAGCCUUCAGAUAUGCCUAAAAUGACAGUACAAAUAAAGGAACAACUGCAACUGGC